UUGUCAAUUGGUUUUGACAGCACAGCUGAUCGCAAGUGCUGUCAAGUGUUUCGCCAAACUUUGUUAUUGGUUUGUUUGUUAGGAAUUCAUCAGAAAUAAAUCCAUAGUGUCACAUCAUGGGUGAGCGUAAAGGACAAAAUAAGUAUUAUCCUCCGGAUUAUGAUCCCAAAAAGGGCGGACUCAAUAAAUUUUUGGGCACUCAUGCCCUCCGCGAGAGAGCCCGCAAGAUCCAUUUGGGCAUCAUAAUAAUUCGCUUUGAGAUGCCCUACAAUAUUUGGUGCGAUGGAUGCAACAACCACAUCGGAAUGGGAGUCCGUUACAAUGCCGAAAAGACUAAAAUUGGGAUGUAUUACUCCACCCCCGUCUACCAGUUCCGCAUGAAGUGCCAUCUCUGCGACAACCACUUCGAAAUCAAGACUGACCCCGGCAACUUCGAUUAUGUUAUUGUAUCGGGAGCCAGACGGCAAGAGAAUCGAUGGGAUCCAACACAGAAUGAGCAAAUUGUCCCGGAGGACAAGGAGGUCCAGAAGAAGCUAUUUGAUGAUCCAAUGUUCAAGUUGGAACAUCAGGCGAAGGAUUUGCAAACAGCGGAUGAUGCGAAACCUGCCUUGGAUAAGUUGUAUGAGAGGAAUUUAGAUACUUGGAAAGAUAAUUACGAAGCGAACUGCAAACUAAGAGCAACAUUUAGGGCCAAGAAAAAGGAACUGAAGCUAUCACAAGACAGAGAUAAUGAACUUUUGGCUAAAUCCAGUCUAAACAUCACAUUGCUCCCCGAAAGCGAUGAAGAUCGUCGAAUGGCGGCAUUGAUGCGAUUGCAAUCACAAUCUGCAAAUGAAUUAGAAGCGGAAAAGCGUUUGGAUAUUUUGAUUAAACCUGUUUUGCCGAGCGCUACUACUACUUCAUUUGGGGGCAUAAAGCGGCAGAAAUUGAUGAAUGCGAAGUUAAGUUCUAAGGAUUUAGGGAUAAAAAGGUCAAACAAAUCGGUUUCAUCAGAAACUAGUGAAAAUCAUUUGUCUGCGGAGCAAGUUUCAGAUAACUUAGAAAGGCUUGAACCGAUGCCAGAGAUCAAAUCUACUCAGCCGCCCGAUGCGAAUAAAUCAGAAGAGGCAGAGGUGCAAAAUUCGCAUGUAGAGUCAACAGACACAGGAAAAUGCACCAAGGCGACAGGAAACAGUUUAUCCUUGGUUGGUGAUUAUUCUAGUUCUGAUGAAAGUAAUUAAAGUAUUUGUUAAGGAUUGCGGUUAAUAUAUUGAUAUAUUUAUAAAAGA